GAAAAUGAGCUGGAUCCUGCUGCGGGUUCUGGCUGCGUGGCUGUGCGUGGCGGCGCGUGUCCGCGGGGCCAUGGACGAGUGUUCGGACGCGCACGGGCGACCGCAUCGCUGCAUGCCGGAGUUCGUCAACGCCGCCUUCAACGCCACCGUGGUGGCGACCAACACCUGCGGCUCCCCGCCCGAGGAGUACUGCGUCCAGACCGGGGCCACCGGCGUCACCAAGUCCUGCCACAUCUGCGACGCCCGGGACCCCCGGAACCAGCACGGGCCCGUCUACCUGACGGACUACAACAACCAGCAGGACACCACCUGGUGGCAGAGCCAGACCAUGCUGGCGGGGAUCCAGUACCCGAACACGGUCAACCUGACGCUGCACCUCGGAAAGGCCUUUGACAUCACGUACGUCCGCCUGAAGUUCCAUACCAGCCGUCCAGAGAGCUUUGCCAUCUACAAGCGGACCAGCGAGGACGGGCCGUGGAUUCCGUACCAGUACUACAGCGGCUCCUGCAACAAGACCUACCAGAAGGUCAACCGCGGCUUCAUCCGCACCUUCGAGGAUGAGCAGCAAGCACUCUGUACGGACGAAUUCAGCGACAUCUCACCACUCACUGGUGGAAACGUGGCUUUCUCCACGCUGGAGGGACGACCCAGCGCCUACAACUUUGACAACAGCGCCGUCCUGCAGGACUGGGUGACGGCCACCGACAUCAGAGUGACCCUGAACAGGCUGAAUACGUUUGGAGAUGAAGUCUUCAACGACCCCAAGGUCCUGAAGUCCUACUACUACGCCAUCUCUGACUUCGCUGUAGGAGGAAGGUGUAAGUGUAACGGUCACGCCAGCGAGUGUGUGAAGAGCAGCAGAGGACAUCUGGUGUGUAACUGUCAGCACAACACGGAGGGCGACGACUGCAAUGUCUGCAAACCGUUCUACAACGAUCGGCCAUGGAGGAGAGCGACUGCUGACAACGCCAACGAGUGUCUGCCCUGUGAUUGUAGUGGGCAGAGCUCUGAGUGUUACUUUGAUGCUGAGCUGUACCGGGCCACGGGUCACGGAGGUCACUGCCACAACUGUGCUGACAACACAGACGGGCCGCACUGUGAGCGCUGCCUGGACAACUACUUCAGAGACCAGAGCAGCGGCCGCUGUGUCCCCUGCAGCUGUAACCCCGUAGGCUCGGUGUCUCCUCAGUGCGACCCCAGAGGAGUGUGUGUGUGUAAACCAGGAGUGACCGGAGAGAAGUGCCACCGCUGUCAGCCGGGGUUCCACAGUCUGACUGAGGCCGGGUGCAGAACGUGCUCUUGCUCGCCCAUUGGCAGCACGCAGGAGUGCGACGUUCAGACGGGACAGUGCCGCUGUAAAGAAAACGUGGAAGGAUACACCUGUGACAGGUGUAAACUGGGUUAUUUCAACUUGGACCCGAACAACCCUCAGGGCUGCACACCCUGUUUCUGCUUCCACCACUCGUCCGUCUGCCGCAGCGCCGACGGCUACAGCGUCCACGUCAUCACCUCUUCUUUCCACAGAGAUGAGGAGCAGUGGUCCGGUCAGCGGCGGGACGCCUCCAGAGUGCCUGUGGUUUGGAUGCGUGACAUGCAGGAAAUCUCUCUGAGCUCAGACGACUACUUCCCCGUCUACUUCGUGGCUCCAGAGAAGUUUUUGGGGAACCAGUUGCUGAGUUACGGUCAGAACCUGACCCUGAGGUUCCGUGUGGACCGGCGUGACACCCGGCUGUCGGCGGAGGAUCUGGUGCUGGAGGGGGCCAACCUGCGGGUUGCCAUCCCACUCAUCGCCCAGGGCAAUGCCUACCCCAAUGAGAACAUGCAGUCCUUUGUGUUCAGACUCCACGACAGCUCCGACUACCCCUGGAGGCCGACCAUCAGCCACGCCGACUUCCAGAAGGUUCUGCACAACCUGACGGCCAUCAAGAUCCGCGGCACCUACAGCGAGAGCAGUGCUGGUUACCUUGACGACGUCUCCUUGGUGACGGCGAGGCGGGGCCCUGGCGUUCCGGCUCGCUGGGUGGAGGACUGCAGCUGCCCUCAGGGCUACGAAGGCCAACACUGCGAGCAGUGCACUCUGGGAUACCGCCGCGCCCGAGCCGAACUUGGUGCCUUCAGCGCAUGUGAGCCGUGCAACUGUAACGGGCACAGCGAGUCCUGCCACCCCGGCACAGGAGCCUGUGACUGCCAACACAACACCGCUGGGCUGAGCUGUGAGCGUUGUCAGGACGGUUUCUACGGCGAUGCUACCCAGGGGACAGCCGGCGACUGUCAGCUGUGUCCCUGUCCAGGUGGCGCCACCUGUGCCAUUGUCCCAAAGACAAGAGAGGUGGUGUGCACCAACUGUCCCGCCGGUACAACAGGCAAGCGCUGCGAACUUUGUGACGAUGGUUUCUUUGGUGACCCGUUGGGACAGAACGGACCGGUUCGGGCCUGUCGGGUCUGUAAGUGCAGCGACAACAUCGACCCCAACGCCGUCGGCAACUGCAACCGCGAGACCGGCGAGUGCCUCAAGUGCAUCUACAACACCGACGGCUUCUUCUGCGACCGCUGCAAGGAGAGUUUCUAUGGCAACGCCCUGGACCCCAACCCCACAGACAAGUGCAAACCCUGCUCCUGCUCGCCAUUGGGGACGGUGGGUCAGCAGACCAGCUGUUCUCAGGUCACCGGUCAGUGCCCGUGUCUGCCCAACGUUGUGGAGCGCGACUGCAGCGUCUGUGAGCUCGGCUUCUUCAACCUGCACAGUCGCAACGGCUGCCAACGAUGUAACUGUAAUCCCAUUGGCUCCACAAACGGUCAGUGUGACAUCAUCACGGGACAGUGCGAGUGCCAGCCCGGCGUCACCGGACUGCAGUGCAACCGCUGUGAGGUCAACUUCUUUGGGUUCGACGCAUCCGGCUGCAAGCCCUGUGACUGCGACCCCGAGGGCUCCCUGUCGGGUCAGUGUAAGGAGGACAGCCGCUGUGAGUGCCGGCCCGGGUUCGUUGGGGCUCGGUGUGACAUGUGUGAGGAGAAUUAUUUCUAUAACCGCUCAGCACCGGGCUGCCAGCAGUGUCCAUCCUGCUACAGUCUGGUCAGAGACAAGGUGAACCAGCAGAGGCAGAAGCUUCACGACCUGCAGACUCUGAUCGAUAACCUCGCCUCCGGUCAGGAAUCUGUCAGCGAUAAGGCCUUCGAGGACCGCCUAAAGGAGGCAGAGCGAGCCAUUAUGGACCUCCUGGAGGAGGCUCAGGCCAGCAAAGAUGCAGACCAGGGCCUUUUGGAACGUCUGAACGUCAUCAACAACACUCUGAGCACGCAGUGGAACCGCCUGCAGAACAUCCGCAGCACGGUGGACGACACCGCCAGCCAGGCCGACCACGCCCGCAACAGACUCCACGACGCCGAGAACCUGAUUGACCGUGCGCGCCAGGAGCUGGACAAAGCCAAGGAUGCUGUCAACAAAGUGGACAUAAAACCUCCCAGUGGUUCUGGAGAUCCAAACAACAUGACGCUGCUCGCUGAGGAGGCGCGAAACCUUGCUGAAAAGCACAAAAUGGAUGCCGACCAGAUUGAGAAGAUUGCCAAAGACGCCAAUGACACGUCAACCAAAGCGUACAACCUACUGCUGAAAACCCUGGACGGUGAGAGCAAGACGGGCCAAGAGAUCGAAGACCUCAAUAAGAAGUACAACGAGGCCAAAGAGAUGGCAAAGAACCUGGAGAAACAGGCCAACAAAGUCCAGGCAGAGGCUGAAGAAGCCGAGAACCAAGCCCUGAAGAUCCUCGCCAACCUGACCAGUCUCCCGCUGCUGGACACCAAAUCUCUGGAGGAUGAAGCCAGUAAAAUCAGGAAAGAAGUGUCUGAUCUGGACAAACUCAUCGAUAAGACAGAGAAAGAAUACAAUGACCUCCGAGACGACCUGAGGCCCAAAGAACAAGAAGUCCGAAAACUCCUGGAAAAAGGAAAAACCGAGCAGCAGACGGCUGAUCAGCUGCUUGCUCGAGCCGAUGCCGCCAAGGCUGUGGCUGAGGAAGCCUCAAAGAAAGGACAGUCCACGUUCAGGGAGGCCGAGACCAUCCUGGAAGACCUCAGAGAUUUCGAUAAACGGGUCAAUGACAAUAAGACAGCGGCCGAGGAGGCCAUGAGGAAGAUCCCGGCUAUCAACGCCACCAUCCUGGCUGCCGCAGCGAAGACGCGACAGGCUGAGGCGGCACUAGGCAAUGCAGCGGCCGACGCCAAAGAGGCCAAGAGCAAGGCGGAGGAAGCAGAGAGGAUCGCCAGCAGCGUGCAGAAGGGCUCGGCUAAGACCAAAGAGGAUGCGGAGAAAUCACUCCAGGACACCAACAAGCUGGACAACGAGGUCAACGACAUGAUGAACCAGCUGGACGGCGCUGAGCAAGAACUGGCCCGGAAAAAAGCCGAGGCCGACCAGGACAUGAUGAUGGCGGUGAUGGCGUCGGACAAUGCUAAGGCGGCCGAAGACAACGCACGCAAGGCCAAGAGCGCCGUCAAGAUGGUGCUGAACACUAUCACUGCCCUGCUGGACCGGCUGGGGAACAUCGACAAGGUGGACCUGAGCAAACUGAACCAGAUCGACGAGUCCCUGAAACGAGCCAAGGCCAAGAUGGCCGACAGCGAUCUGGACAGGAAGCUGGCGGAGCUGAACGACGUGGCGAGGACGCAGGAGGAGAUGAUCAACGACUACGACCGGCAGAUCCGUGAGAUCCGCGCUGACAUCAGCAACCUGAAUGACAUCAAGGACACGUUACCCAUAGGCUGCUUCAACACGGCGUCUCUGGAGAGACCUUAGCUCCGCCCACCUGCUGCCGCGGCAAACCAAACUCUGUCGCCUUUCUACCAAAAUGUCUCUGAUUGGCCACGUUUGUGUUUUUCUUUGUUUUGUGGAACUCGGCGACACAGACAACCUUGAAGAAAACCCGAACCACAAACCCGGCGUGACUGCACCAUCUGUUCCACAAUAACCUCAGCGGCUCCUCCCACCACUGCCGCCUCAAAGCCUCUGGACACGCUCGUCUCAGCCCCGCCCCCUUUCUUUAUCAGUGCAGCCAUGUUUUCAGUGAAGGAAUCUUCGUUCUGUUUUUUUUUUUUUCCCUCAUCGCUACAGCAAACAUGUUGGUGCCGCUGCUGGAACGACAACGGCGGAUUAAAAACUCAAAUCUAAACUUUGAGGCAAAACGGCCAUAACGUUUUCAGAAUAAAGUCAAAAUAUUUGUAGGUUGAUAAAGUCGGAACGAUGGGAAAAACACAUUUUGUUUGUUAAACAGCAAACAAAAACGACUGUGCUAACAUCUUAACAUAUUUUUAAAAUCCAUAAGCAAAAACAAAUCUCUUCUAUGACUGAAAUGGAUAAAAAUACUUUUUUAUAUAAAUAAUCAUCAUCUUGCUAAACGUCGUAGACCGCAAUGGUAUCGGGCCGGUGACGAGUUGGUGCUGGAACAUCGAAGACAUGAAGCUAAUUGUUAUACAAAAUAUCAACGUCAAAACUGUAAACUUCAAUUAGCACUCGUAUAGCAGCGUUCUGCGCUAGCUACAUGCUAAUGAGCCAAGCUAGUUACUAGCUAGUGUAUUAGUGGGUCCAUUUGCUAAAUAGAAAUGUUUUUAGCAAACUGCUAGCCUCUGAUAGCCCGUACCAACACGGCUUGUGAUUGAAUUCUGACUUUAAUCUCAAAUUAUUUCUUUGUGCCAAAUAUUUCACCAUAAAUGUCAACUUUCCGAAGAUUUCCUGAAAGUUAGUUUUUUUUUUCUGUAAAACUGUUCAUUUUUGCUGUAAUCUCGAACUAUAAUCUCAUGAAUUUCUCUGUAAAAUCCAUUUUUCAAAAUUAAAACUUUAUACUUCAGCUGACUUUACAAUUAAAUCUGUGGCAGAACGAUGCACAUGAUGUCAGUAUGUUGUCAAUCUCAACUUUUGAUUAUCUUGUUUUUAAAAAUAACAUUCUGACUUUAUUUCUUUAACAAUACUAAUGUUACGAUUUUAGUAUUCUGACUUUACUUUUUAAAAUGGUGCAAGUUUUUUGUUAAUCCUUUGACUCUGUGUUGUAAAACACGUUUUCUGUUUUUGAAAUCCACUUUAAUCACAGUGUAAAAUGUGUAACUCUACAUUAUUCUCACAACAUUCUGCUUUGUCAUAAAUCACGAUUUUCGUAGGCGUAAUGACUUUUUUCCCUCUAAUUGUUGUCUUUUCAAGCGUGUCGGGUCGUUGGAUUUUUCCAGCAGUGGCGCUAACUCGCCCAAAGCAUUCACGAAAGUAUUUUAUCUCAACUCUUCGACAGUAUUCGCACCACCAUCGGGUGGUGCUGUUUAGCUUCACCUACACUCCUGGUGCAUCCUUUUUUUUUUUUUUUUUUUUCUUUUUUUUUCACACUAAUUUUUGGUCACAGGUGUUUUUGUGACUGAACACGUUAGCGUUUGUUUCCAGGCUACAAUCCAUCACUAUGCAACUUUGUACAUUUUGCGUAGCGAGAACUUUAUCUGAUACACUGGUGCUAAUAAUUAUUUCAAAGUUAUAUUUUUGUGUGAAUGUUUUAUAUUGUGACAGAGUGAGGAAUUUAUUUGUGUAAAUAUGCGCGUCAGUGACAAAACGCUGGCUGCUUUUAAAGAAAAUUCCAACAUGCGAACAGUCGCGUUAAUCAUAAAUUUAUAUAUAAAUAUUUACAAUAACGUUUGUUUCAUUAUCACGUGUUUGCUUGUAUACAAAGCUCAAUAUGUGUUUUAUUGAUUUUUAUCUGUAUCACAACUUGUUUUUAUUUUUGGUCUGAUUCAAGACAUGUUGGCAUUUGAAGCCACACCCACUGCCCGCUGCACACGUCGUGUGAAUGAAUGAAGCGGUUUUGACACUGAAGCCAGUUUCUCAAACCUGACGACACAGAAGUCUUAGAAAUAAAAAAUAAACAAUGAAAGGUUCUAUCAGGGCGGCCGUGAUGAUUUUCUUAAUUUGACGUUUUUCUUCUGUUGUCUCUUAGAAACAUGAAUUUUUGAGCUAAAAUUGUGCCUUUAUUCUCAUUACAUUUGAUGAUUUUUUUUUUUUUUUUGUUUCCAUUUGGAAUAAAAAGAAGAAAGAAAAAAGUAUUUUUUACAAUAAAACCUUUGGUUUAUGAUUUGUAAACUUGUGGCAUUUAAUUUUGAUUUUUUUUUUUCAGAUUUUAAGUUUAUUGGAUCUAAAGUCUGACUGAGGGCAAAAAGUUUAAAAUUGUCAUAAGUAAAAUACUUUUACUUUUCUUGGAAUGCUUUCAGCAUAAAGUUGUCACUGUUUUAUUGCAAUUCUAACUUUUAACUUUAAUCAGUUUCUGUGUGUAAAUGACCUGAAGUCUUUAUUUGAUUCGUCGACUUUGCAAAAAUUAAAUGAACUAAUUGAACGUAUUAUUAAACCUCAUUUAAAUCUUA